AUGGGCUUUUUAUAAGUUCUCCAUGGUCUACUGAGUGAAUAAAAUAGUUCUGUUUGAAGGGAUCUGAGCUGAGUAGGCAAACUUAGUAUUAAAAAAAGGAAACUAAAUGAAGGAAAUAUACUAUAAUAAAAAUUAAAAUAUAUUCUUAAAUUUUCUUAUGUGCUAUAGGAAUCAUUCUUAAAAAAGCUUUCAACAGAAAUAAAAUGACCUGAAAGCAAUAUUUUUAAACUACUGCAACAGGCCUGAGAUAUCGAUCCUUAGAAAAACCUGUAUGCAAGGUUGGCCCUUAGCUGGUGUCUGGGAACGUGGCUGGUAAACAGUUCCUUGCACUGAUAGGAAACUUUCCCUAAGUGAUAAGAGUGGCUCACUGUGACUAACUGUCCACAAUGUGGUUUAUGCCAAACAUCUUCACACAAUGUCCCAGCUUUCCUUUUCAGAGUCUGGAAUUUGGCUACAUGCUAGGGAAAAACUGGUUUUCCUUCUGAACUUUUUUUUUUUUCCUCUUUAAAGAGAUUCACAAACAUAGCACUCCUGGAAUUAUCACACUGGAAUAGUCUACUCACCAGUCUUGACUGAUUAUAAAUCUUUCAAUUAACCAAGCAAGUAUCUUCAAAACAACAACUAUAACAAAAACCUACUGCAAUAACUUCUGGCCUGGUCUACAAACUGGCAGUCCCAUCCCUCUCAAAGAAAUUACUUAUCCACUUAGAGCCUACAUGGUCAUGACACUCAACUGAUCUAAAAUCCUCAGAAGAUCGUCAUUGUCUCCUGAAUUAUGAUCAAACUUAUUAGCCUGGCACUGAAGCCUUUUACCAUUUGUCCUUGGCCUACAUAUUCAAAUUAGCUUUACACUUUAUCAUUUUACCCAUUUACACUUUAACUGUUUGUUACCUGUGUGUGACUUUUAAGCUUUACAUGAGAAUUCUUUCAAAAAUAUCAUGAUCUAUGAUUUCAAGGUAUCUCAAUUCAAUAAGAAUUUUUUUGACCAUCUACUAUGUGCAAGGCUCAGUGUCCUGGGCACUGAAAGGGAUAGAAAAAUGAACAAGACCUGAUCCCCAUUCUCUAUGAUGAACAAUAUAAAUCAUAGUCGCUUUCUGAAAACCAUUUGAGUCCUUAAUGUGCUAGAUCUAUACCAUGCUCCAUUGCAGGAACUUCCUUCCCUGGGAAGCUUGGUGCUUUGUGGACUCUUUGGAUAUUCCCAAUAACACCGUAUUUAAUUAGAACGCUUUUAUUGGCCGGGUGCGGUGGCUCAUGCCCAUAAUCCCAGCACUUUGUGAGGCCUUGGCAGGCGGAUCACCUGAGGUCAGGAGUUCAAGACCAGCCUGGCCAACAUGGUGAAACCCUGUCUCCACAAAAAAUACAAAAAAAUAGCUGGGCGUGGUGACGGGCACCUGUAAUCCCAUCUACUCGGGAGGCUGAGGCAGGAGAAUUGCUUGAACCCGGGAGGUGGAGGUUGCAGUGAGCCGAGAUCGCGCCAUUGCACUCCAGCCUGGGCAACAAGAACGAAAUUCCAUCUCAAAAAAAAAAAAAAAAAGGCUUUUAUUGUAUCUUUAAGUUUAUCCCCUAAAAAGCAUUAUCCGUCCAUGUGCACACAGCUUUAUUUAAAGAUUUCCUCAUAAAGUGAUUUAUUGUUCUUACUUCUUCUUAGCUUGAUGUUACAGAAAAAUAAUUAUUUGCAAAUAUGAAGAUCAAAACUUUACAUUUAUUCUAGGCUUCUUUCUAUCCUUCAGAAAUACAGUUAGGCAUGUCUUCCCCAACUGAUCACUAUUUACUCAAGUGCUGACAAAGCAUGCCAAUUGCUCCCCCCAUUACUGCCACUAGGUUCUGAGUUGAAAUCAUUAAAGAGUACAAGACACUUAGAUUAAAAAUGCUACGUAUUAAUUUAAGGUCUGUAAUACUAUUUCAGAUAAACAACAGCCUCAGUUUCCUUCAGUACAACCUCGGUGUUUGACUAGUAGUAUUUGCAUCAAAAAGCAUUAAAAAUAAAAUAACACGUUACAAUGUUGAAGACUACCAUUCAUAAUGAAAAUGUAACUAUUAUUAAUACUUGCUUACCAAAUAAUAUAUCAACAUUUUUUGUAAAGGAGAAACUAUAGGAGAUGUGGGAAUAAACAGACAAAACACAGUACUGGAGAUUUUAACAAAUCUCUCAGAAUCCAAGAAAAUGAAGAUAACAAAUAUUAUUACAGAUGUAAAAGACAUAAAUAACAUAAUCAAUAAGGCAGAUCUCAUAGGUAUCUAUCAAAUUCUAUAUACUAUUAAGAGGAAAUAGCUUCUUUCAAGUUGCACAUUGAAUUUUCACAAAAGUGACAUUUUAGGCCACAAAGAAGACCUCAAUAAUCCAAACAAUAGAAAUAUACAAACAACAUUCUCUGCCUACAUGAUUUAAAAUCAGACAUUAAUUUAAAGCAAUCAAAAGGAAAAAUGGUACUUUCUCUUGGAAAUUCAUAGUCAGAAAUUUUAGGAUACAGCUAAAGCAGUUACCAUAACAAUAAACAUGAAAAAUAUGCCAACUAAAUAUCCAAUUUCCAAAGCUAAUAAAGUGGAAUGAAAAAAGUUGAUAAUGUUAAAACCAAAAUUAAUGAGUUAGAAAACAGUAGAGCAGAAGUGCUUUGAAAAAAAACAAGAAAAAAUACUAAUUAAAAUAAUAAAUGAAAAAGGUAGAAAGCACAAGUAUACAUAAUUAGAAUUAACAAUGAUUAAAAAAAAAAAAAAUAGAAGAAUAGACUCCCUUGGGAAUUUCUACCAAAUUUUCUAACAAAUUUUUAAAGACCAGAUCCAAAUGCUACUUAAAAUAUCCCAGUGCACAGAAAACUAAGGAAAACUUAUUUUCCUUGUUAUAUUAGAAAUAUAUAUUUUCUAAUUUGAGUAUAAUAAUCAAAAAACACACCAGUUUCACUAUGAAUAUUGAUUACACAAACUAAAAAACAAAAAACCCCAAAAUUAGCAAAGCACAAGAGCAUAUUAAAAACUAAUUCGUCAUGACCAAGUGGAGUUUCUGCCAGGAAUGCUUAGUGGGUCAAUAUUAUAAAAUCUAUUCGUAUAACCCAUUAAAUAAGUAGAGGAGAAAAAUUAUAUUACCACCUUUAAAGAUAGGGAAAAUGCAUCUGAAAACAAUUUAGCAUUUGUUUAUUUUUUAAAAAUUUCCCAACAGGAAUAGAUAUUUCCUAUCAAUAUGCAAUAUAUAUUAUAUAAUGAUACAUGUACACACACACAUGCACAAUUUCCAUCUCAAAGCCAACAUCUUACUUGAUGGAGAAAUGAAAUUUCCUGCUCAAAUCAGGAAGAAAAAGAUAUCAGUUGUCCCCAUCUGACUGAAUAUUAUGUUGGAAAUAUUAGCUACUGAAAUGAAUAAACAAUUGGAAAUAUAAUAAUUGGAAAGGAAAAGGGAAAAUGAUAUCUAAUGUAGGUGAUAUGAUUAAAUGUCUAGAAAAUCUAAAGAAACACUUGGAAAAAUAAAACAGAAUAAGAAAAUUCCCUAUCCCAACCCUAUUCUGCUCUUUUUGUGGACUUUUAUGUGUUUUUAGCACUACCAGUAAGUCAAGUUAAAAACUAUGGUGUCAUAAUAAUAAUUUCAUUUGAGUGUUCACAAUCUGCAUUCACUCUGUGCUUUGCAGACCCCCACUCUUAUUUAGGCAGUUGCUAAGUAACAUAGAGUUUGUUUCUGAAAUGCCCUUCCUAUCAGUCUUCCUUUUGGGUCCAAUCACUCACUCUCCACAUAUAACUGGUAAAUGGUUGCCUGUGUAGCGAUGUUUGUUUUACAUGUAAUUUCCCUGAUAUAAAGUCAACUUCUUGACCUGGUUUUCUACCAUAACUUACCUUUCCAGGCUUAUUUCUGCUUACUCUUUUAUACAUGCAUUGUUUAUCAGGACCAGCCUUCUGAGUAUCUCUUAGAUAUACCUGUACUUGCAGUUCAACAACAAGAAUUAUUUCCCUAAAACAUGCUAUAAUAAUAAUGUGUAUUGUUUAGGCUUUGUGUUAAAUAAUUUGCACACUGCGUUGUCCCACAUUCCCAGGGCUGUGAUUCCUUCCUCCUUUGCUAUGUAACUUCCCAGGGUAUUUUUUUGUUUUACAUUUCAGAUUUGUUUUUAUUUUAUUAACUCUACCUGAUUGUAUACUUUUGAGUGUAGAAAGUGAUCAGUACAAUCUCUGUAUCACUUGCAGUAUAGAUGGCAUUCAAUAAAAAUUCUUUUUUUUUUUUUAACAAACUGUGCCAGCCUGGAAGUUAAAAACUAAGAUUUUAAACGCAACUAAGGAUCUCUCUUUAGUCUCUAUUUUAUCGAUUUUUCAUUAGUUGGCUCUAUUCCAUUUGAGCAGGGAGUCUGCCUUAUUAGCGCUGUAUUCUCAAGGCUUAGAACUAUUCCUGGUACACGGUAGGCACUUAGUAAUAAUCCUACCUGUAUGGCUAUACAAAAAUUAAUUGGUCAUGAAUAAUGCAAAGAAGCAAAAGCUUAACAAGAGACAACAUAAGCCAGUAUCAAGGUCAGAUGUUCACAAUUUUCUGGUUUGUUCCUGAUCACAUUCUAGGACAGAAGUUUUUGUUUUGGUUUAUGGAAUGAAAUUUUUUAAAAAAUUUAUUUCAGCAGACCCUGAAUCCAUUUUUAUAAAAAUCCUUAGCUGUGAAAGGAACAAAGGUUUUGGCAGAUAGUAUAAUCAGUCAAGAUUGGCUCGGUUUGAACUCUAAUGCCCUUCAGGAUAUUGAAAAUGUGAUAAAAUAAUUGCAUUAUUUAUUAAUGACCUAACGAAAUUCUUAUACAUUAUGCUGUAGAGCAAUUCCGCAGCCAUUAUCUUAUUUGCUCCUAAGAACCCAGAAAGGUUAUACUUUUAUUUAUCAGAAAUCACCAUGUUAAAAUGCAAAUACUUAGGAUUGGUAGCCUCAACCCUUAUCUUCUAAAACAUCUUUAGCUAUCCAUAGAAAGCAAAGCAUUAAUAGGAAUUGGACUGACGCUGGAGGUGGAAAUACUGAUGCACGUGAUAGCUUUACGGACUUGGGCGGCCAAUUCCCCACUCCCCACUCCUCCUCAGAUCCUCCAAAAAAAGCUCAAGUCCUAACUUUGACCACGUUUAACAAAGAAGGGAGACGACCAGGCGUUUUGUAAAGUGCUGCUUCCAAACGCCACCCGUCAGGACAGAUACUAAACCACCUUAACUUGCUGCCGGUUUCAACUGAAAAUAAAUGGUACAUAAGUAAUCAAGAAGUCGCAGUCCCAGACCUCUGACCAAAGAACCGAAAAACGACAGCGAACGACGGGUUCCCAAUUCUCUGAACCGAAGGGUCGGAGAAGCACUUUAGAAGAGUAGGGAGUGGGUCUUCCACGACAAACCCCGCCCCUCCCUCACUCGUCGCUGAUUGGUGGCGGCGUUAGGCCGCGACGGAGGGGCGGGCCCGCGGCUGGGUCGCUCCUUUUCCGCGCGGUCCCGUGCGCGCUGUGGGUGUGUUUCGGGAAGCGGGCGCGCGCGCGCUCGCGUCGGAGGACGGGAAAGGAGGCGGGGCCGGGGCGGCGCGCUCCCGGAUCGCGCGCACCGCAGACGGCGCGGAUCGCAGGGAGCCGGUCCGCCGCCGGAACGGGAUCCUCGGUGUGCGUGUGGAGUCGGGGCUCGUGAGAGACAGUCGCGAUGAACACGGUGCUGUCGCGGGCGAACUCGCUGUUCGCCUUCUCGCUGAGCGUGAUGGCGGCGCUCACCUUCGGCUGCUUCAUCACCACCGCCUUCAAAGACAGGAGCGUCCCGGUGCGGCUGCACGUCUCGCGGAUCAUGCUAAAAAAUGUAGAAGAUUUCACUGGACCUAGAGAAAGAAGUGAUCUGGGAUUUAUCACGUUUGAUAUAACUGCUGAUCUAGAGAAUAUAUUUGAUUGGAAUGUUAAGCAGUUGUUUCUUUAUUUAUCAGCAGAAUAUUCAACAAAAAAUAAUGCUCUGAACCAAGUUGUCCUAUGGGACAAGAUUGUUUUGAGAGGUGAUAAUCCGAAGCUGCUGCUGAAAGAUAUGAAAACAAAAUAUUUUUUCUUUGACGAUGGAAAUGGUCUCAAGGGAAACAGGAAUGUCACUUUGACCCUGUCUUGGAACGUCGUACCAAAUGCUGGAAUUCUACCUCUUGUGACAGGAUCAGGACACGUAUCUGUCCCAUUUCCAGAUACAUAUGAAAUAACGAAGAGUUAUUAAAUUAUUCUGAAUUUGAAACAACAUAUUUUUAUACUUAACGAAUUGUAUCUCAUUAAUUUCUUCCCUUACGUCUUCAUUUAUUGUUGGUUUGUUUUUUUUUUUUUUUUUUUUUUUUGGUUAUAAGAACUAACAUCAAAAGGCCUGUUUGAAGGGAAAGCUUAAUGGGCUACUUAAUAUUACAAACAAAACAAAAAAACAAGGCUGCCGCAGUGGAAUAUUAUCUUACAAGAAUAAGAACUACAUAAAACGGAUUUGUAAAAAAUACAUAUUUGAAGUAUUUCCUGUAUUUCCAUUAUUCUUUAUGGAAUAUAAAGUGAGCAUGAAGGGUAGUUAAAACUUUCAGGUGCCUGUAGAGUCAUAACAACUCUGUAUUUUAUGCCUUGCAUUCAGGCAGGUUCACGCUGAAUGUGAUUUAAAAGUAGACAUUCUUGUUUUCCUCUUUUAGGAUAUGUUUGAUUACUGGAAAAUUAAUAUGGUUAUUUGUUCGAAGUCUGGUUUAUAAAAAAGCCAAAAGUGAUGGAAUUUUAUUCCAUUUGUCUUAGGAAGGCCCAUAAUACUUGUUUUUCUUACAUGUGACUAGCAACUUUCUCCACUUAAAGACUAAAUACCUCUUUAUAUGCUGUAAAUUAUUCUAAUUCAUUUUAAAAUCUUUUAGGUCAACAAAAUGUCUGUCUUCAGUGCUUUCUCUAAAAACGUUCCUUUAUAGCUUUGUACUUUUUUUUAGCGUUGUCAUUGAAAGUUAAAAUGUUUGCAUGGUUUACCCUCUGAGUUAGGUUUCUUCUAGUGAGCAUGCCUACUGUCACUAAGUGAAUUAUUUACUACUUUUUGUAGGUCUAUAUUUUAAUAAUUAUUGGGAUAAUAAUAAUUGUGGUAUGCUUUCCAUUUACAAACCAUUCAUAUACUUUAAUGUAUGUCAUCCUUAAUAAUCUAAUGAGGUAAGUAGUGUAAGUGUUAGCUCUUUGCAGAUAAGAAACUGAAACCCAGAAGUUUAUUGAAUUGCUCCAUUGUUACCUAGCGAGCAAGGAGUGGAGUUAAAACUUGAACUCAGAUCUUCUAAUUUUCUGAGCUCAUCCUUUCUCUUAUACCUCAGAUUGCAGACUAAUCAAAUUUCAUUUAAAACCUUCUUGAUAUUUUUGUUACCCUGGACACCCUUUCUAUUCUAGAAAAGGUUUCCCAUUUUAUAUAGAAGUGGCUAAUUUUCAAGCUGCCAACAACUUAUAUCGAGGUAAUAUUUUAUUCUCUGAAUAAAUUCAUUUCACUUAUAUUAAAAGCAUAAGGAAAUCUACAUGUAUGUAAAAAUAACUUCGAAAUUCAGUGCAUAAUACAUGAUUGAAUACAUGAUUGUAUUUAACAUGAUUUUUUUUUUCUGCAGUGGACAAAUAAACAUCCUCAAAGUAGGAACUGCAAAUCAGUUACCCUUAGAAAAGCAAGACCAAACACUGUAGUUACACUAUUAGCAGUGACCAAAAAGGGCUAAUAUUUUCUAAGAAUAGUUUAAAUUACAAACAUUUGUUAUAUUUACCUUAUGUGAAAUAUAUCACUAUUUAAUUACAUUGAUUUUAACAUCUGUUGUAUGGAGUUGUAUAGUUCGUGCAAAAGCCUGUGGUUUUUCAAACCAGCAGAAAUGUCAAAGGUUCCAUGAAUGCUAAACUGCUUGGCUCCCAGCUUUUUCAUUAAACUUUUCAGGGUCUUGGUUUCUUUAUCUGUAAAAUGACAGAGUUGUACUAGUUAACUUUAAUGGCGAUCCUUUUAUACCACACAAGUUUAUAAAAUUUAUCUGUUUAGCAAAGAGAUUGAACAAAAAAAGCACGUUAGUAAUAUGAAGACAGGCAAAUGAAUGAAAGUCUAACACAUAACUCAUAUUGAUCUACUUUAUUUCUGUUAGAUUUUACGCCCCGAAAAUUUCACAUCAUUUAGUUUGUACAAAUACUAGACAUGGAAACUUAAAAUGUGCAGGUGUCAAAGCUUAAAAAUCAGGUGUGUCCUCUUUGAAGAAGGUAUGCUCAAUAAGCCUGCAGUCUUAACCAGACCUGGUACCAGUUUAACAGUUCAUUAUACUUCUGUGAUGAGUGGAUCUGUUAGUCUGGUAGAGAUUAAUGUUGAAAUUUACUUGAAUUACAGUUAUUUGACAAGCCCACUUUUUUCAGAGUUUGGUGAGGAAGAGAAGUAAAAAUGCCCAACUAGCACAAUGUGAAGAAAGUUUUCUGUUUGCUUGACUAAGGGAAAUUGCUCAGAACAAGAAUGCUCCAACAUGUGAAUAAGGACCCUCAGUCUCAGGAACUCAUUUUUGGGUGCAGUUUCUACAUUUAAAAAAUUGACUUGUGUUCAGUGUGAUAACCACUUCAUUUGCUUUAGUCUCAGUGUUUUAAAGAAGCCUCAUAAUGUUCUACAAAGAUACAAAGCUUCAGGCUUCUACAAAACUGAGUAUGAUUAGAAAUACCUGAGCCCAGAAAUAAUUCUGAGAAAAGAGAAUAAUUUCAAGACACUUAUUUAAAAGUAAUCAUGGUUAGAAAUGAAUUAAUUUAAAAAUGUGCUCACAUAUCCCUUUCUCUAACAGUUUAACCUAGACAAACAUCUGUGUCAGUGCUUUUUUAUUGCCCUAAUUUAUUACAUUUGGUUUCUUUAUUCUGAAAGGAAAAUAACAAAAACUUCAGAAAUUCCUAAGGGUGUAAUAAGAAAGUGGGUUUUGAGUUUCCUGGAAUUAUUUUACAGUUCUUUGGUGGGUCUUGUCAGCCAAUUCAUAGCUGGGCUUUAAGAUUAUCAUCUUAGAGAUGAUAGAUGGGCUUUUUGAAAGAUUUCAUCUUAGAGAUGAAAAGCUGGGCUUUUUCUCUAAGAUGAUAAUCUUAAAGCCCAGCUAUUAAUUGAUAAUGAACAUUUUUCACUAUUUUUUUUUUUAUCUGAAGCUUAGAGAUCUAGAGCUUCGGAUCUUUGGGGUAUAUGUCACUGGAGGUAUUAUUUUAUAAUACUUUGCAUUGACAUGAAGUGGGUUCAUGGGGGAAAAACCAUAAGCUGUGAACAUUGGUAGCAAACAAGCAUAUAUUCAUUUCAAAGCUUUCCUUGCUUUUAGCAGAGAGAAGCCUGUAUACGUUACAUAUGUGACUUUCAGUAGUUUAAAGAGAUGUUUCAAAAAGUUGUUGCAUGUUUUUGAUGCAAUUUGGGAAAUUGUUUACUUCACAAUGUUGUCAUUCAUAAAAAAUUCAUGAAAAUACUGAGCAUAUGUUUGAGGAUUUUUCUUUUCCUUUUUUUUUUUUUUUUUUUUUUUCUGAGACGGAGAUCUGCUGUUACGCCCAGGCUAGAGUGAAGUGGUGCGAUCUUGGCUCACUGCAACCUCCACCCCCCAGGUUCAAGCGAUUCUCCUGCCUCAGCCUCCGGAGUAGCUGGGAUUACAGGAGCCCGCCACCACGCCCGGCUAAUUUUUGUAUUUUCAGUAGAGAUGGGGUUUCGCUAUGUUGGCCAGGCUGGUCUCAAACUCCUGACCUCAAGUGAUCCACCUGCCUCGGCCUCCCAAAGUGCUAGGAUAACAGGUGUGAGCCACCGUGCCCGGCCGAAGAUUUUUCUUAAUUGCAAUAAAUAUUCAGCAUUUUUUCUAACGAAAAUGAAUUUUGUUUACGAGUAAAAGUAUACAUUUUAAAAGACUUUCAGAUUUAUGCUUUUUACGUGAAGCUGCUAAACUAAAAGUGAAUGGAAGAAACCCAAGUCUAGUAGGUUUUUUCUUUUUUUUUGGUGGGGGUGGGAUGGGGGAGGUUAGUUACACUUAAAAUAUCUUCUCCAGAGACUGUAUGCUCCUAUACUAGACUGUAAGCUCUUUGAGGGCAGUCUGUCAGAUUUAUCUUUGUAUCUUCCCCAGCGCCUAGCAUAGUGCCUUGCACAUAAUAGGCGCCCAAUAAAUAUUGAUGAAGAAUGAA